AUGGACAUUAGCAUGUCCAAGCUCGAAUUCUUCUUUGCUCUUGUACUAGCCUUCACUACUCUUCAUAUGGUGACUGCCGGAGAUGCAGAUAUCACUUCAGAUUUUUUGGUCCCACCAAAUGUAACCAAAGUUGAUAGCAACUUCUUCACAUCCACCAGCAUGAGGACUCUUUUAAAGGCAAAUCCACCUACAACUUUUAAGGUUACGAAAGCUAGCUUGGCUGAAUUCCCAGCUCUCAAUGGCCGGAGCGUUUCCUUUGCGGUUCUCCAAUACCCAGCUGGCUCUGUCAACCCACCUCACACUCAUCCUCACUCGGCAGAGCUCUUGUUUCUUCUUGAUGGUGCUCUGGAAGUUGGGUUUGUUGACACUACUAACAAGCUCUUCACUCAGACACUCCAAGCGGAUGACAUGUUUGUACUUCCCAAGGGACUAGUUCACUACCAGUUCAAUUGUGAUGUGAAGAAUUCUGCAAUAGCCAUCUCUGCAUUCGGAAGUGCAAAUGCUGGAACCAUCUCAGUUCCUACCACUGUAUUCACUACUGGCAUUGAUAAUGGGAUCUUGGCCAAGUCUUUCAAUACUAAUAUUGCUACCAUUCAAGCCAUCAAGGCCGGGCUUACACCCAAAGCCUGA